AUUGAAUGCCAGCACCACGACAGGGACAGCCAAACACCGUGGCUACCGAGCAUGAUAGGAAUAUACACGCCGUCCGCUGCUCUUCAGCAGCAAUAAUACACCACCUCAGCUUUACGAAUCUACGCUAUGCGAACGAAAGCCCUCCUUGACCCAAAUCCUCCUCUCGGCCAUACCCACCUCAGGUCCGCAGUCUCCCACUCGUACGUGGCAGUAAGCGCGACGACAAAAGUCCAAUACCCAUCCUCGCAACCAUGGCCGCCGCACAAUUUUCCACGACCGACGCCCUUACCGACCCAAACAGCCCUCUCGUGAACGUCUCCUGCUUCGACCUGCUCCUCAUCGAACUCGUCCCGCUCGCCGAACGCAUGGCCCGGGCCUUCGAAGCGAGCCUUGACGGCCACGGUAACAACGCUACUGGUCCUACAUCAUCAUCAUCCUCCUCUUCCUCCUCCACGGCAGUCAAGCGUGCCGUCGCCAGCGGCACCUCCGCACAAACAGCAAGCAUCUCGGGCGCAGCUCCGGAGGGAGCAGGCGCAAAUGCAACAUCUACCCCACUGGCGUUGGCGGCAGACGGUCUCCCCAGCACCACGAUAUUCCGGGAUAGCGUCUACGUCCGGCUUGAACGUCUGGGCUUCCGUGUCGGCGAGGGUCUAUCGGAACGGUUCUCGCGCGACAGACCCCGGUUCACGGACCAUCUCGAUGUGAUCAAGUUUCUGUGCAAGGACGUGUGGACGGUCGUUUUUAAGAAGCAGAUUGAUAACCUGAAGACAAACCAUAGGGGUGUCUUUGUCUUGACAGAUAGCAAAUUCCGCCCGUUCGCUCGAAUGAGCAUGACUACACAUGCCGAAGCCAUCGUCAGGGCGCAACCGCAUUUGUACUUCCCCUGCGGAAUCAUCAGAGGGGUUCUAUCGAGUCUGGGUAUCAAAGCUACUGUCCAAGCCGAGACGACAGAGUUGCCGAGCGCGUCGUUCCAGAUCAAGACAAUCCCGACCAAGACAUAACAACCCCCCGAGCUAUACAACCACCCCAGAGAUACACCAAUCAGAGCACGCCGGCCUUACCCCGACAACAGAACCGCGUCACAGUCGGUCAGGGAAGGAGGCCAACGCCCGGGAACAUUCUGUUCUGGACCAGGAUUAUACGGCCUUGACGGCCGAUUAAGAAUCUCAAAUAUUGCAUGAAACGCGGAUUGAUUUUGUCUACGCAAUCUCUGUGGGAUGUCUGCAGUUCUGAAAGCUAUGGCAUCAGUCGACUCGAAUGACACAUUCCGUUUCUGCAUGAUAUGCUGUUCAUAACCUGCUCCAGACCCUGGUCAGUUUCUUAUGGCGUAUAUUGAUCGCUCAUAUUCGAAAAAACCGGCAUGGCAGGCAGGCUCGUUCUGGGGUAGAAGUCGCUCACGUCCUACCUACGAAGAUGUCAGGCGAGUGAUAACGGACAAAAGAAGGUGCACGUACUUGGGUGGGUUCUUGACGAAACUGAUGCCGGCUUCGAUGUUGGUCUUGAGACCCUUGAUGGCUUCUUCGAGGAGUUUCUUCUCGUAAUCAUUGGCGCUGUCGAGGAUGUUGAUGGCUUUCUCGGCUCCGUUGGGCUGUGGACAGUUAGUAUGAGCUAAGAGGACGGGGAACAGUGAAAUAUGGGUGACGCUUACGCCGAGUUCAACGGGGACGGAGAAGUAAUCACAGCCAGUUGCCUUGGCAAUGGCAUCACCACCUUCGACACCAGGCAGGUAGACGAAUGUUGGCUCGACGAUGCCCUUCUCACCCUUGGCUGCUUUGAUCAGAGACUCGGCGAAUCUGAAGCCAGCAUAUGCCAUGGAAAGAGUUGCGGAACCGGCGCCAUCCUUGGCCUUGACAACCUCGUCACCUCCGAAUUGGACACGGUUCACUAACGCAUCAAGCUUGUCGCUGGGGAUGUUAACGGAUGGCUUGGCUUGGCUGAACAGAGGAACGAUGGUGUUGCCAGAGUGGCCACCAACAACCGGGAUAGCGAGCUUGCGGGGGUCCUUCUCGCCAGUGAUGUCUCCAACGAAUGUCUGAGCACGGACGACAUCAAGGGUCGUAACACCGAAGAGUCUCUUGGGAUCGAAGCAGCCAGCCUCCUUCAACACUUCGGCGGCGAUUGGGACGGUGGAGUUGACAGGGUUUGAGAUGACGCAGAUCAUGGCCUUGGGACAGUACUUGGUGCAAGCAACGAUGAGGUCCUUGACGAUACCAGCAUUGGUCUUGAAGAGGUCGUCUCUUGUCAUGCCGGGUUUUCCUGGGAAGUCUCGUCAGUUUCUUGCUCCGGUGAGCUCAGUGUCAGAAUUAGACCGUACGAGGAACGCCAGCUGGAAUGAUGACAAUGUCUGCACCAGUCAAAGCUUCUUUCUUCGCAUCUUCCGUCUCUUGCUUCUCGCCCUUGAAGUCGCCCUUGGCAGCGACGAAGCCACCUACAGUCUGUGCUAUGAUGUCAGAAUUGUCUUGGGGCUGCUGGGACGGUCGAAGGGAGAGGAGGAGAAGCAUACAGCGACUGAGGAGAUGUGUGACAGGUCGGCUGCGACACCUGGUGUGUUGACCACAUCGAAGAGUGAGAGUUCGUCGAUAAGAGGGGAAAUCUUGCAAAGAAGAGACAGUGGCUGUAUCCUGUCAGUCUCUCUACCUAGGUAAGGAACGACAUCUUCUUAGUCGUACAUACCUGGCCAAUGCCACCAGCGGCACCCAGAACAACGGCCUUGACCAUGAUGGGAGAGUGAGGGGUAAAUCGACUGUGAUGCAGGUUAGAUGCGGUGUUGUUGUGCUGAGCUCGGAGUCUGUUUGUUACCUUGAGGACGUUUGAACCUGUGAAUGAGAUGUGGAAAAGGAGCAGUAUUCAGAGAAAUCGCAAAGAAGAUGUGAGGAAAGUCAACAAAAGCAAAGCGGUCUGACUUAAUGUACACAUAUGCAAUGGGAAAGGUCCCGGCCA